AUGAACAAUUACUCAAAUCCAAGCUUGAACAAUCCUUCACCUCCCUCAAUAUCUUUAACCCCUUCUAAUUUCCUACAAAAUAAUCAAAAUAAUCCUCCUCCUCCUCAAAGAAAUCGAGCUGGUACUUUACCUUCCUCCUUUUUAAAUUCAAAUUCGCAUUCUCAACAAAAUAAAACUACAACCACUUCAUUAUCAACUUCAACUUCUCCUUUAAUCACUGGUCAUAGUUAUAAUUCAGAAUCUUUGAAUUUACCGGCCAUGGAUUCUUUUUCAAUUGGGGUUAGUCCUUCUCCCCAAUCAAAUGCAAUUGAUAUACCCAAUGCAAAUUCUCAUAAUAAACCUUUCAAUUAUAAUAAUGUUGCUUCUUCUACUUCGUCAAGUAAUAUAGGAGCAAAUGGUCCAAGACGUAUGAGAUCUGGUUCUUUAUUUUCAACUAAUUCAAUUUGGAAUGAUGAUGCUUUACUGUCCCAUUCUCCAAAUCAAGUUAAUGGUGGUAUUUUGGAAUCAACUUUUGAAAACGAUUCAAAUCAAAAUAAUAAUGCAAACGGCUCAAAUUCUUUUUUAAGCCCAAUUCUUUCAACUCAAAACAAUUUAUCACCCACAAAUUCAACAAAUGAUUCAAAUUUACCAAAUACCCCUACUCCAGUAUCAAAUACUCCUUCAGUCACUCAAAGAAAUAGAUCUUAUACCACCACUGCAGCAAUUCCAAAUCCAAUCUAUAAUGGUUCUUAUGGUUUCAUGGAUUCAAAUCAAAAUAAUCGUAUUUCGGGUUCUCCAUUUUUAGCCGCUUCUAAUAAAUCUAAUGACAUGAAUUCAUUACUAGAUAAUUUAAUUGUUAAUAUGAAUACUCCUACUAAUAAUAAUAAUACUAAUAAUACUAAUACUUCUAAUAAUAAUAAUUCUAAUGCAUCAAUUACUCCAGAAAGUAAUAAAAAUUCUAAUUCAAAUACUCCAAUUAUACCUCAAGCAUCUAUAAUUCCCAAAAAUUUAAAUACUCCAAUUACUUCAAGAAACAGAUCACAAACUUAUUCUGGUUCUACUCCUCUUUUGAAUGAGAAUAAUUUGAAUCCUUCUAAUUUAUUAAAUUCAAACUAUUUACAACAUCAACAACAACAUCAUCAUCAACAUCAACAACAUCAACCCCAAUCUAAUCAAUAUUUAAUUAAUAAUCAAAAUUUUAAUAAUCUGUCCAAUUAUCAAUCUCAACAACCAAUUUUACAUGAUGAUUUUGAUUACAAUCAAUUUAUUAUUACUACUAAUUUUGAAAAUCCUAAUUUGGGCCCAACAAAAUGCUUAUUAUUUGAUAAUUUGCCUCAAUUUAUUGAUUCAAUUAAAUUAUGGUCAAUCUUGAACAAUACUUUGGGUCAUCAUCGUUCAAUGGGGAGUAUACUUAGUGUUCGUGUAACUCGUACUAAUACUUCUAAAUUAUCAUUAGUUGAAUGUCUUAAUAUUGAUGUUGCAAUGAGUUUAAAAGCAAGUUUUAAUCAUUUAGAAUUAGUUCCUGGUGUUAUCUUAUAUGUUGCUUUUGCUAAAAUUAGUGAUUUACCAAAAUCAAAUUCAACAUCCUCUGCUAAAUCAAUUGAAAAUAAAUCAGCAAAUAAUGGUCAUCAUCAUACUGGCUCAACAAAUAUUAAUAAUCUUCAUAUUAAUGGAUCAUCUCCAAUUGAUACUAAACCUUUACCUACCGAUUUAUUAUCGAUUCAAGAAAGUUUAAUCAAUUCAAUUUCUUGUUUAAGUAAUUCUAACAGAAGAUCAAAUGAUCAAUUUAUUGAUAUCAAUAAAAUUAUAUCAAUCAUUAAUAAAUCAAUUGGUUAUUCGAAUGAUAAUUAUCAAGAUAAUUUUGGUCCAUUACCUGAUCCAAUUCCUUUAAGACAAUUUGAUUCUCCAAAAUUAAGAGAAUUAAGAAAACUUUUGGAAAAUAAUGAAUUACUCUUAAAUGGAGAAAGUUUAUCAACAAAACGGGAAAGGGAAUCCGAUGAAGAAUAUUCAAAUUCUGAUAACGAAGAAAAUGAUUUGUCAAAUAAAGUUUUAACUCAAUUAGAACUUGAAGAAUUAUGUUUAGCAAUGUUGGAUGAAUUGCCAGAAUUAUGUUAUGACUAUUUGGGUAAUACAAUUGUUCAAAAAUUAUUUACUGUUUUAGAUUCAAAGUUAAUUAAAUUAAUGAUGGUUAAAGAAAUUGCUCCAUUCUUAACUCAACUAAGCAUUCAUAAAAAUGGUACUUGGGCAAUUCAGAAGAUUAUUAAUUUAUCAAAUGAUUUAAGUAAAAACGAUGAAGAAAACUUUCAACAAAAAUAUUUGAUUGGAGCUAGUUUAAAACCUUAUGCUGUUAAAUUAUUUAAUGAUCAAUUUGGUAAUUAUGUAUUACAAGGUUGUAUUAAAUUUGGUUCUCCUUUCAAUGAUUUUAUUUUUGAAACUAUGUUAGAUAAUUUUGCUGAAAUUAGUUUUGGUAGAUUUGGUGCUAGGUGUAUUCGUACAAUUUUAGAAAGUUCUAAUGAUAAUAAUGCAAUUUCUAAUGAACAAGUUUUAUUGGUUGCUGGAUUGAUUGUUGAAUUUGCUAAUGAUUUGGUUAUUAAUAAUAAUGGUUCAUUAUUGAUUACUUGGUUUUUAGAUACUUUUAAUGGUUGUGGAGCAACAAUUGAUGAUCGUUUUGAAUUAUUAACUAAUAAGUUUUUACCAAAUUUGACUAAAUUAUGUACUCAUAAAUUGGCUAAUUUAACAAUUUUAAAAAUUAUUAAUAAUCGAUCUGAUUUAAGACCAAAACAAUUAAUAAUGGAUUCAAUUUUUGGUAAAUUUGAAGAUUUUGAAAAUGAUGAAAAUUAUAGCUUUAAACCUCCAACUAAAUUGUUAGAAAACAUUUUAAUGGAAAAUAUUGAAAAUACUGCGGGACCAUUGUUUAUUUAUAAGAUCAUUUCAAAUCCAUUAUUAUUAACCUUACAAGAUGAUAAUGAUGAUCCAAACAAGAACGCUAAAUAUCAACAGUUUAUUAUUCUGCAAGUUAAGAGAAUUUUAUUGGAAAUUAGUGUUAACAAUUUCCAACCAUAUAAAAAAUUAAUGGAUGAAGUUGGAUUAUCCAGUAAUCGUUUAAAUCGUUCUACAUCAAUGAAUAAUCGUAAAAAUAAGAGAAAUAAUUCAAAAUUGAAGAAUCAACACCAAAAUAUGAUGCCUCAAAAUUUAUACAAUCAAAUCAAUUAUAUGAAUUUACAACAAGCCCCAAUGAACAAUGGUAUAUUACAACCUAAUAUUUACGGAUUACCUCCAAAUCAACAAUACCAAACUCAAUUACCUGCAAAUGGUACAAAUGGAUUCGUUGGUGGAUAUCCGGUGAUGCCUCAAGUGCAAGCCCAAGCUCAAGUGCAAGCCCAGGCUCACGCCCAGGCCCAGGCCCAAGCUCAAACCGCAUCCCCCCAAGGAAUCACUGGCGGAUACGAUGCUCAAGUGCUUGCUUCUCAAAGAGGAAUGAUUGUUCCACCACCACCCCAGUUCCAACAGGCAACCUCGCCUCGCAGAGAACCCCAACAACCACACCCAAAUGCAUACCCUGGUGUCCUUUCAAUGGGACCAGUGGGAAUGGCUCCAGUGCAACAGGGUGAUUUCCAACAACACCAGCAAGACUUGGCAGUUAUGCAACAAUUGGAACAACUUUCUCUAAGCUCAGCUGCUUUGGGCUAUAACUCAAAUCCUGGUACCCCUGCAGUGGCCUCAAGCCAAAGAAACCUGUUUUUCUGA